CGCGAAAACAGAAAACCAGUUGCUUCACGCGAGUCGUUUGAUGUGCACCUUUUCGUCUCUCUCGUCUUGAUUUACGCAUGGUGUUGAGUUAGUGAAAUAGAGUGAAUUAACUGCUUGAAAAUGAAACUUUGGUUAUUAUUGCUUGGUUGUGCGUGGAUCAUUUCAAACCAAGAUGUGCAUUCAGCAAAAAUUCUUGGAGUAUUCCCGACAACCGCUAAAUCGCAUUAUAUAGUGGGUUCAUCCUUGAUGAAGGCUUUGGCAAGCAAAGGCCACGAGGUCACAGUAAUAAGCCCGUUCCCACAACAGAAGCCGUUAAAAAACUAUCGAGACAUCACAACAACCAAAAUAUGGCCAGUUGUUCAACCAAUGCUCGACGAUCUGUUGAAUGUAGCAGACAAAGGUAUAAUAGACGGCAUCAAGCAUACAUAUGAUUUUGGACACCGCGUUAUGAACAGCACGCUGACGGACCCUGCCGUGGUUUCACUAAUUGACUCAAAUGCAACGUUUGAUUUGAUUGUGCUUGAGAUAUUCAUGACCGACGCUAUGUUAGGUUUCUGUCAUCACUUCAAGGCACCAUGUAUCGGUGUGUCUACCUUUGGAGCAUCCAAAUGGACUUCUGAUUUGGUUGGGACACCAUCUCCACCGUCCUACGUUCCAAAUGCCUUCCUCGGCUUCUCCGAUCACAUGUCUUUCAAAGAGCGCAUGAUAAACACCUUGAUGAGCGGAAUAGAAAUAAUCGUUGACAAAGUUUUAGAUGCCCCUGUGCAAACCAGCAUCUAUGAGCAAUCAUUCCCAGGGCCAAAACCUACCCUCGUUGAGUUGAAGAAAAAAGCAGUAUCGUUAGUACUACUAAAUAACCAUUUCUCAAUUAGUUAUCCCCGACCAUACGUUACUGGAAUGAUUGAAGUUGGCGGAAUGCAUAUCAAUCGGGUGCCGAAAGCACUUCCCGCAAAUAUUCAAAGUUUCAUGGAUAACGCAACCGAUGGAGUGAUAUACUUUUCGAUGGGUUCGAACAUAAAAAGCAAAGAUUUGCCAACGGAAAAACGCGAUGCGUUUUUGAAUGUAUUCUCCAAAUUGAAGCAGAAAGUUCUAUGGAAAUGGGAGGAUGAAAACCUGCCAGGUAAACCGGAUAAUGUGUUAAUUCAAAAGUGGUGGCCCCAAGAUGACAUCUUGGCGCACCCCAACGUAAAGCUUUUCAUCACUCAUGGCGGACUUUUGAGUACAACUGAAUCACUGUACCAUGGAGUGCCCGUCAUCGGUAUUCCCGUGUUCGGCGACCAAUACUUGAACAUGGCUAAAGCAGAGCUCGGAGGAUAUGGUUUAUCGGUAGCUUAUGCGGAUAUCUCCGAAAAGAAACUCUUAAACGCACUUAAAACAAUCUUGAACGAUCCAGAGUUUAAGGUUAAUGCGCUGGCAAUUUCUCAACGAUACCGAGAUCAACCAUUAACUCCUCUAGAGCUGGCAGUUUUCUGGGCGGAAUAUGUAAUUCGCCAGAAAGGUGCACCACACAUUCGAGCAGCCGCGAUGGACCUGAAUUUGUUACAGUAUCACAAUCUUGACGUACUGGCAUUGCUAAUAGGACUGCCUAUAGUAAUUGUACACAUUCUCGUUAAAUUAGUUUUCCGAAAAAAGUCCUCGAAGCCCUCCAACAAAACAGAUAAGCGAAAGAAGCAAAAUUAAGGCAAUAAUUUAAGACGGAAGACGAAAGAGAAUAAUAUAUAUUAAUACUGGUAUUUUUGAAUGAUAUUAAACAAUUCACAUUUUUUUGUACAUAUAAAGAGAGAUAACGGAUCAUUUUGGUUUUGUUCAAUUAUUGUCAGUGAGAUUUUUUGAAUCCUUGUGGCUGAAUAUAAGAAUGUUUAAUCUUAGACAAAA